AUGUCAACAAUAUUAUUGGCCAGUAGUCCGACUAMUUUACCCGUCGGUAACCAUGAAAAAGUUAUACUCAAUGUCGGCGGCGUCCGACACGAAGUUAUGUGGCAAACACUGAACCGAUUGCCGCGUUCACGGCUCGGCCGACUGCGGCACACAAUUCCCGACGAAGCGGUUGGCCGGCGACUGUGCGACACAUACGACAGUACGGCCAACGAAUACUAUUUCGAUCGGCAGCCGACAAUAUUUGCGGCCGUUUUGGAUUUUUACCGAACCGGUAAACUUCAUCUACAGGACGGCCACUGUGUGGCUGCGGUCGGCGCCGAACUGGACUACUGGGGAGUGUGCGAGUCGCACAUUGACCAGUGUUGUCGGCACCGGUAUGACCAUAAAAAAGAGAAACUUGACGAACAAAUGCAAAUAGAAGCCGAACUUCUGGCCGCCAGAGAACAACGGUCACUGAAGGUCAAAGGUGGCGAUGGCCGGUGUGUCGACUAUCGGCAUCGGCUCUGGCAGCUACUGGAGCGGCCACAAUCAUCGUGGUUGGGCCGGCUAUUUGCUGCCGUAACCAUCCUAUACAUUAUACUAUCGACAGUAGUGGUAAUAGUUAGUUCAAUGGACAACAACUACAACAACAACAAUCCUAGUGGACAGUUGUCGUCGACCCGACGCGAAAUAGAGGACAGUCCAGUACUCAGUCUACUCGAACUAAUCUGUAUCGUAUGGUUUACCCUUGAAUGUGUACUCCGAUUUGUGGCCACACCCGGCAACAAGUGGUCAUACUUUAGACGCUGGCUAAACAUUAUAGACUUGUGCGCUGUUUUGCCAUAUUAUGUCAAUCUAGCUCUGGUACAAACACGGCUCGAGGCCCAGCACCUGUAUGUUGCCCGUCAAAUGUUUGUUACGUUACGUACGCUACGGGUACUGAAACUUAGCCGCCAUAUACCUGGUCUCAAAUCGAUGGGCUAUGCCGUACGCCACAGCUAUCGCGAGCUAAUCCAAGUGACACUAUUCUUCACGAUUGCAGUCAUCGUAUUCUCCAGUUUGGUCUACUUUGCCGAACGCGAUGUUCACGAGACAACAUUUUCGUCGAUCCCGCGAACAUUUUGGUGGGCAGCCAUUACAAUGACUACCGUCGGCUACGGUGAUAUGGUUCCGGCCACACCGUACGGCAAACUAGUCGGUGUUGUCUGUUCAAUGUGCGGUCUAGUAGUCAUUGCACUACCGAUACCGGUAUUGGUGACCAAAUUUCAGCAGUACUAUAAAAACGAAAUGCGCCGCCAAAAUGCAUUGUUACACUGCCAGCGGGAGAUGGCCACCGCCGCCGGCGUCGGCACCGAUAGUACACCGACAAACCCGUCUAUCAGCAGUAGUGAUGCGGAUGAUGAGCCGAUUGAGUUGACCCAUGUGUUGGCCAAUACCGCCGAUGACAGGAUUAUAGUCGGCGGCAAUAGUCUAAUAGAUAGCGGACUAUUGAGCGAUAAAAGCAUUGAUUAA